CACUCGAAAAAAUCCAAACAUAAAAUUAAACUAUUGUCUGUACCCUAAAUUAUCAUGACCACACAACCAUGACAUUUUGUUGAAGCCGGUUUCUUGAUUUCUCUCUCUCUCUCUCUCAAGAACUAAGAGAGAGAGAGAGAGAGAGAGAGAGAGGGAGAGAGAGAACAAAUUUCUCUCUGAAAAUUUAAACCACAAAUCCUCGGAUUUUGAUCACAUUUUGUUUUUGGGCGGUUCUUGCAACCUCAACGAAUUCACACACACACACACACACACACACACAGAGGAAUGGAUGAAGAUAGAAUAGCACUGGUGUUGGCAAGAACCUCGGAUUUGAGGUCCAAGAUUAUUACCUGCAUUAGCGGAACUUCUUCACCUUCUUCUACAGUAAAGAAACAAGGUCAAAAGAGCGAUUCUGAAGAAAACCCAGAUGAACAAUCACACGAUUUUGAUGAAGAAUCAGAGAAUCUUCUCAACAUCAAAGAUGCCCUUGAUUCCCUUGAAUCCCAGCUCUCUUCUUUGCAGGCACUGAAUCAACAGCAAUGGUACGAAAAGGAAGCAGCCUUGGCCGAAAUCGAGUACAGCCAAAAGAAGCUUCUUAAAGAGCUGAACGAAUACAAAGGCAAAGACUUAAAAGUCAUACACGAAGCUAUUUCUUUCGCCUCCGAAACAGAGGAUCGAAACGAUCUCCUCCUUCCACCGUAUCCGAGGCGACCUUCUCAAUCCAAUUCCGUACUCUCGGAAAAAAACGGCUACGCCUUCACUUCCACUCGCAAAAUUCCACUCGGAAAACCGGCAGAGAGUAAUAAUCGUAGUGGGCGAUCUGGUUCUUUGUGGGGCCCGUUUGAAUCGGUUGCGGUCUUGAUUGGAACUGCGGUUAAGGCGGGUUUGACCAUAGUUGGGGUGAUUGCUGUCCUGAGUUUGGCCGGUUUUGAACCGCGCUUGAAGAAACGGGGUAUUAAUCGGAUCAAGAUUUCGGACUUAUUUAAAGAGAGAUUGAGUGAGUGUCCAAAGGGGAAAGUGGCCGUUAUCGAAAACGGUGAAACGAGGUGUGUCGUGAAAGAGCGAGUUGAGAUUCCGUUUGGAGCCGUUGUUUCGAGUCCUGAUGUGAGUUAUGAUGCAAGAAAUGCAAAUUUCUCUGAGAUCAAAGGAAUUCUUAUUGUUAUAUAUCUGUUUUUCAAUGAAUCCAAGACCAAAUGGGGUUUAACAUUUACAGAUGGAGAAAUAAAGUGUGAAAAUGUUGGAGGGGCAAAUUUGUUCACUGAAGAACAAGAAGCUUUAGUGGUGCAAUCUUGGAGCUUGAUGAAGAAGAAUGCUGGUGAAUGGGGUCUCAAGUUUUUUCUCAAGAUAUUUGAGAUAGCACCAUCGGCUCAGAAGAUGUUCCCAUUUCUUCGAGACUCAGAAGUUCCACUGGAUCAGAACCCUAAGCUUAAGCCACAUGCUAAGUCUGUAUUCGUUAUGACGUGUGAAGCUGCGGUACAGCUCCGGAAAGCUGGGAAAGUAGUGAUAAGAGAUUCGAGCCUCAAAAAAUUAGGAGCCACGCACUUCAAAUACGGCGUCGCUGACGAACAUUUUGAGGUGACAAAAUAUGCACUAAUGGAGACGAUAAAAGAAGCUGUGGGAGAAAUGUGGUCUGCAGAAAUGAAGAAGGCUUGGUGUGUGGCCUAUGAUCACUUAGUUGCUGCUAUCAAGACUGAAAUGAAGCCUUCUUCUUGAUUAUUAAUUCAUUUAUUAUUUUAUUUUUCACCCCUUAAAUCAAUGUGUGUGUGUGUGUGUAGUAUAGUUUUA